AUGACUGAAGAUCCUGCAGAAAAUGAACUUGAGCUUCUGCAUUCGGAGGAGGACAUGCAAGAUGAUAUCGAGAAUAUUACGAUUGUUGAUCCAACAGAUGAGUGGACCCAAUUUAGAGUUGACAUGGCUACAAAUAUUAUGGAUUCGGAUUCACAAGUAGGCCGUAGAGUACAAAGCAAACACUAUUGGACAACAGAUGAGGAUAAGGCACUUAUUGAUGCCUUAAUAGAGCUAUCAACAAAUCCAAUGUGGCGGGCGGAGAAUGGAUUUCGCAAUGGCUACCUCGUUCAAUUAGAAAGAAUGAUAAAAGAAAAACUUCCACAAAGCAUGAUAAAAGCUUCACCUAAUAUCGAGUCUAGGGUGAAGCUUUUAAGGAAACAAACUACUGCAAUAAGUGAUAUCUUACAAAUUAGUGGGUUCGUUUGGAACUAUGAAAGGUGCACUAUUGAGUGUGAGAAAAGCGCAUAUGAUGAAUAUGUUAAGAACCAUAAAGAAGCAGCUGGUCUUUAUGGGAAGUGUUUUUCAUUUUUCAAUGAUCUUGCUCCAGUGUUCACAAAAGAUAGAGCACAGGGAACUGCAAGGGGUGACAUUGGAGAUGAUGCAGAACAAUAUGCUCAGGAAAAUAUUAGUUUGGAUGAGGACAUGGGUUUCUCUCAGUUACCAACUGAUGAGUUUUCCACGCCUAUGCAAGAACCUGCAUCACAGCAAUCACCUGUGGCUUCAGAAGUUGGACCGGGAUUUAGGUCGAUGGCCGAUGUAGCUGCUAAAAAGGAUGCUAAUCGUGAAGAGCAUGAAGAAAGGAGGAAAUUUCUACGUCAAAUACUUCCAUUGGUUGAAGGUCUCUCUAUUCAUGAAGUGAUGUUUAUCUUGCAGGUUUUGCCAAAACAUGAAGAUGAACUCAAAACAUUUGUUGAGUUACCGGGCAGCAUGAAACUACCAUUUUGUCAUGUACUUCUAGCAAGAUUGGGAUAUAUACCACCUAAUCUAUGA